GCCUCGUCCUGCUUCAAAGAGAGCCCCAAAACAAAUAUCAGAACCUCUUUCUCACAAAGAUCCCCCAAGACUCUUCAACCUCAAUACCUCCCACCGGACGAACUCAAUUACAUAAGGCCCCCUCAAAAUGGCAGAGAACUUCGUCCCAGCAGGUCAACACCGCCAACUCAGAGCCUGUAUGGUCUGCUCAAUAGUAAUGACCCAAAACGUACACCUCCCUUCUCCUUCCCUCCCCUUCCUACCCAACUAACCUUCUCCCAGCGCUUCCUCAAAGAAGGGUGUCCAAACUGCGAAGAUUUCCUCCACAUCCAAGGCUCGAGCGAGACGCUCUACGACUGCACAUCUCAGGUCUUCGAGGGCCUCAUCACCCUCGCGGAUCCGAGUAGGAGCUGGGUUGCGAAGUGGCAGCGCUUGGAUGGCUAUGUGAAGGGGGUUUAUGCUACGAAGGUUAGUGGCACGUUGCCGGAUGAGGUGGUGGCGGUUAUGGAGGAGGAGGCGAGGAUUAGGUAUAUUCCGUAAGUUGCCAACGCCUGGUUUUCGUGGAGAGGGUGGAUGGGUACUAAUGUUGAGUAGGAGAGAUGGGACGGCUACGGAGGCUGAUUAGAUGCUUUGUGACGAGUGUAUGAUGAUAGGUUGAAGAGGCAUUUGGGAAAAGCCAAAUGGGGUUGAAGCUGAUAGAUCGCAUGCGACAACCCGGGAGGAUUACUACAUUUCAUCAAAACAAAACAGGCGCAAAACGGGAGGAGUUCUAGGAGCGAAUUUCUAUUACUUUGAAUGAUUUCUAAAUUCACACAAGCA